GGGGCCGGCGGGGGUUUCUCCCGGGCUGGGCUGACGGCUGCGGUUGGGAACUUCGAUUUCGUACGUGAGCGGCGGGCGCGCGGCGGCCGUUUGGCCGGCAGGUACCGGUGGGGGAGCCGCUGCGGGUCGACGCCUUCAGCCGGCGAUCAAGAAGACAUUGGGCUGUUAUCCAGUUGUCGUAGUUGGAUCGUGUUCUACAAGCCUUCAAGACUUGCAGUGGCGUUAAAGAUGAAGAGAGGGCCUACUAAUAGAUCUCAGAGCAAAAUGAAUCAGGCAACAGCUGGGGCUGUAUUCACCAAAUAAACUUAACUGUCAAAUGUGUCUGGGAGUGUUUCAUGAACAGUGGGAGACAGAGACUCUUUAGGAACCAAGGUCUAGUGAUGGUCAUCUGAAUUGUGUAAGCUGUGACAAUGACAACUGAAGUUGGCUCAGAGACUGAAGUCAAGAAAGAUGCUGAGCAAGUGGGACCAGACAAAGCUAAGGGCAAACCUGAAGAAGCCUCAGAAACUCCAGGAAAUGAUAAGUCCAGGAAAGCAUCCUCUGAAGAAACUCAAGAUUCUCCUGUCCCAGCACCAACUAGCCCUAGUAGCCCAAGUAGCCAGAAGAAGGAAAAAGAUUCAUCUGAAAGCAAGGGUAUUUCUCGUUUCCUUCCUCCCUGGCUUAAGAAACAAAAAUCCUAUACCUUGGCAGAGCCCAAAGAUGAGUCCAAGAAAAGAGCAACAGGGGAAGAACAAGUAGCUGAAGAAAGUGAAAGCCAUCCAUCUGAGGGGAUGGCUCAGCCAAAAAGGAGCUUAGAAACAGUUGCUGAAAAUAAUGCUAAAGCAGAUGACAAAGAAGAAAAACACUCUGUUAGUAGUGCAGAAACACAGCCUGCCAAAGAAGAUGGUAAAGAAAUGGAAGUAGAAAAGGUUACAGAAGAAAAAGAAGAAAAGGAAAAAAGGGAGACAAAAGAAGUGCAGACAGCUGAAAGUAUUCCCCAGAAACCUCCUAAGAAAAUUAAAACUGUGCAGUGUAAAGUGGUGCUCCUGGAUGGCACAGAAUACAGCUGUGAUCUAGAGAAAAAAGCAAAAGGACAAAUUCUAUUUGACAAAGUGUGUGAACAUCUCAAUUUACUGGAAAAGGACUAUUUUGGGCUGUUGUUUUAUGAGAAUUCAGAUCAGAAGAACUGGCUAGAUUCUUCAAAGGAAAUUAAGAGACAAAUUCGAAGUUUACCUUGGCUGUUCACUUUUAAUGUGAAAUUUUAUCCUCCUGAUCCGUCUCAAUUGACUGAAGACAUCACUAGAUAUUUCUUGUGCCUACAGCUUCGCCAAGAUAUUGCCUCUGGUCGACUGCCAUGUUCUUUUGUGACUCACGCCCUCCUGGGUUCAUAUACCCUGCAGGCUGAAAUGGGUGAUCAUGACCCAGACGAGCAUCGUAGUGACUACAUCAGUGAUUUUCAAUUUGCACCCAAUCAAACUCAAGAAAUGGAGGAGAAAGUAGCUGAGCUACACAAAACACACAGGGGCCUGACUCCAGCACAGGCGGAUUCCCAGUUCCUAGAAAAUGCUAAGAGGCUCUCAAUGUAUGGAGUGGAUUUGCACCAUGCCAAGGAUUCUGAAGGCGUGGAUAUCAUGCUGGGUGUAUGUGCUAAUGGACUGCUCAUUUACAAAGACAGACUCCGAAUCAACCGCUUUGCUUGGCCAAAAAUUCUGAAGAUUUCCUAUAAGAGAAGUAAUUUCUACAUCAAAGUCAGGCCAGCGGAACUGGAACAGUUUGAGAGCACUAUUGGAUUCAAACUGCCAAACCAUCGGGCCGCUAAGAGGUUAUGGAAGGUUUGUGUGGAGCACCAUACUUUCUUCAGACUUUUAUCACCGGAACAGCCUCCAAAAUCAAAGUUUCUAACCUUGGGUUCCAAGUUCCGCUACAGUGGACGUACGCAAGCACAGACACGACAGGCAAGCAACCUCAUAGACAGACCGGCUCCUUACUUUGAGCGCUCUUCAAGCAAACGUGUUUCCAGAAGCCUUGAUGGUGCCCCCAUGAGUAUCUCAGACCAAAGUCUGCUAAGAGACUUCCGUACAAGAGGGCAGCCUGGAGGAGACAAGAUCAUUGACCUUGCAGCUGCUGGAGAAGCCGAGUUGAAAGAAGGUGGCAGAGAAGAUGAUGGAAGCCCACUCAAAACUCCACAAUUAGAGUUGAUUCAGGAUGGAAAGCCUAAAGCGACUUCAUUUAGUGCCUCUUAUGACAAUGACCCGAAUGACAAAGCAGAGGAAGAGGAGGUGGAAUCUGAAGAGGAGGAAGCACAAAAGAAGGACCUGGAUAAGACCCAGGACGACUUAUUGAAACACCAGGCUAGCAUUAGUGAGCUCAAGCGCAAUUUCAUGGAAUCCACACCCGAACCACGCCCCAAUGAGUGGGAAAAGCGGCGUAUCACACCUCUGUCCCUACAGACACAAGGGAAAAAAGGAGACCACAUUUUCCAAGUGAAAACGCUGCCUGGGAAGGAGAAGCAAUGGACUGCAAUGCCAUCGAUUGCUGGAACAAAACCAGAGGAAACUGAUAAGAGCCUAGAAGAAGAGAUAGCGUCCAUUUUAUUUAGCCAAGAGCGCUUUGGCGCCGGCCCGGACCGGCCCUUCGCCGCCGCCCGCGCGGGGCCAGCAGAGGGCGCUGCGGGGGAGCAGACCGCCGCCUCGGCCCCGCCGCCCCAGAAACAUGCUUCCAGAGCAGAAGGACCUUGCACUGAAGUCAGCAAUGCUGAUAAGAGUUCACAUGAGACUCUGGACAUAGUGGAGGAGAAGAAGCAGGCAGAGGUUGGGAUAGAAGAAACACUAGUCAUAGAUGAAACCAACAAAGGGAAAAUACAAGUUGCCACUGAUGCUGGGGAAACAUGUAAGGUGGAGCACUUGCCAAAAAAGGACUCUUCUUCUUUGCCAUCAGAUAGUAGUAGCAGCAGUAGUAGUGAGAGUGAGGAUGAAGAGGUGGGAGAAUACCAGCCACAUCACAGGGCUGUUGAGGAAGUCAUCAGAGAAGAACAGGAAGAAGAGGAAGAUGUGAAAAGGAAAGAACAUGAAGAAAAGAUACAGCAUGUGGAAGCCACGCUAGAAGUCAGUCAGCUAACUGUACCAGCUGAGUGCACACAAGUUGCAGCUGAAGAUUUGGUUCAGGAAAAUGCAACUGCGAUACCUACAGAGGAGAAGAAUUUGUCAGAGGAAAUUAAGCAAGACCUAGGUGAAGAAAAGGAAGAGGAACAGCUCAAACUCAAUGGAGAUGUGUCUCAUGUUGACACUGAUGUUUCACCACAAAUAAUUUGUUGUUCUGAGCCUCCAGUAGUGAAAACAGAGAUGGUAACCAUUUCAGAUGCCACACAGAGAACUGAAAUCUCCACAAAAGAAGUUCCAAUUGUUCAAACAGAAACUAAAACCAUCACAUACGAAUCUCCACAGUUUGAUGGUAGUGCUGGUGGUGGUGCUGGUGUGCUGCUGAGUGCACAGACAAUUACGUCAGAGUCAAUUUCUACUACCACAACUACACACAUCACAAAGAUGGUUAAAGGUGGUGUAUCAGAAACAAGAAUUGAGAAACGAAUUGUCAUUACUGGAGAUGCAGAUAUUGACCAUGAUGAGGCUCUGGCACAGGCAAUCAAAGAAGCCAAAGAACAGCACCCUGACAUGUCUGUCACAAGAGUAGUGGUGCACAAAGAAACUGAACUUGCUGAGGAAGAUGAAGACUAAAAUCUAAAAUGCCCUCAAGCAAAUAUUUCAGAAACAAAAAUUAUGCUGGCCAUGAUCAUAACCUUGAAGAACUGUGAUCAUUCCAAGUCAUCACUACUCAACUGAAUACACCAAGCCUAGCAACGAUGACCAGAAGUCUAAGAAUGAGUUGCCAAUACCAAACUCAACUUUAACAUCUUUGGCCUAUAACCCCUUACAAGCUUUCCUGUUUAUUUUUUUUAUAACCACUUCUUAACAAGCUUAGUUUUUUUAAUGACACUGUAGAGGGCAUGAUCUUCUUUUUCACAAGUAUUUGCAUUUCUGAAGCCGAUUCUUGAAUAUGAAAGUGAACAAAAAAAAGGGGUCUGGAAAGCACCGUUCACUGGAGUAGGUGGUAAUUGUGCAAAAAAGGGGAUCUUAACUAAUUUAGAUGUAGUUUUUUUCCCAAGUAUUUCAAAUGAAAUCUCUUUCUGGAGUAAUUUACAGAUUUAUUUUUUUUUUUCAGAUUAUUCAGGUAAAUAUAUGCUCUCACAUAACAAAGUUUUUUUUAUAAAAAUACAACCUUUCCUAAAAAUUGAAAAUAUAUAUUUCUUUGGAUAAAUUUUAUACUGUUAUCUCCUGUAACUCUUUCUGUUCUAAUAUUCUACUCUCUGUGGGGCAGAGAUGUUGUGGAAGUCUGUAGAGGAGAAAGAGUUACGAAGAAAUUUCUUUUGACUCAGCACUGUGUUCUCUUUGCACUUUGGUGCCAAUGCUCAACUUCUUGUAGACGUUUUGCUGUCUGCAACAUUCCAGAUAGGGAGAGAAGGAAUAUCAAAAUAUCUUCUUCCAACAAGAGAUCUAGGCAGCUUAAAACCUUAGUGCUUUUUUUCUUACUGUGUCCAAACUUCAACACUUCCAUUAUUUGAAUACACGUGUAGAAUGCUUGCUUUCUAUUAAACCUCACUGCCUACGUGUUAGAACUGACAUUUGUUAUUGAGAAGGUAUAUGUUUCAGAUACUUUGUCUAAUGGUUAACACAGGUUUUUAGGACACUGAGUAAAAGUACGAGAUGGAUUCCAUUCAUGAAGUAGUAAGACAGUACCAUCAUUUGAGACUGCCAUUGAGAAAACCUGUUAAUUAUUUUGGGUUUCAUUUUUAUUUAGUUCUUGGGGGGUUGUUUGUUUUUGGGGUUGUUUUUGUUUUGUCUUUGUUUUGCCAUUUGACUCUGUGUAUAGUUAAAAUGCCAAAUUAGAUUUAUAGCAGCUUGAAGUUGUAUUAAGUGAUAUUUUUGCUUUCUGUAAUUCUGUUAUAAAAUAAAGUUGUUUAUUCUCUGUA